AUGAAUGUCACAAGUAACGGAUAUUACUCGUCGCAAUAUUUGAGUGAACAACAAAGAAAACAACCUCGUUACCAAUACAACUACACCCUGAACCUACCACCAUCCCCUAAAGAAUUUAUUGUUGAAGUGGAUGAAGACGAUUCUGCUCCAUAUAUCCCUCAAAUGGAGUUUCUACCCCUGCAAAGACAAGCAUUUAUGAAUAAUGUCAGACCCAAGACUCCUAAAUCACAAUCUGAAUCUAUGAUCUCACCACCUGGUAGUGCUCAUCGUAGCACAUCCUCGUUACCAAUUGAGUACGAUGAUUUGGAACCAGACAACCAACUUGAAGAAACUAUAACUCCAGCACAAUUGAAUUAUCUCCAAGAACAAAAUCAUUAUGUGCCGUAUCAGCCAGAGCCAAGACAACCUUAUCAGCCGCAACAGUAUAACCCUCCCAAACCAAAAUACCCGAAAAAUAAAAACAAUGACUAUUAUAUUCGUCAGAAAAAGAGGUACGACAAAGCACAGGUCGUCAAACCUAAAUUAUACUCACAUAAAACAUUCCACGAUGUUUUUGAAGACAAAACAGAAAAAUUGGAUAGGUAUAAUCCUAUGGAUCUUGUUUUUGAAGGCAAGGAUACCAAAGACAAACUGACUUUUUUAGAAAAGAUGCAAACCAAAUUAACUAAAGAUAAGUAUGAUGAUUACAAUUAUUACGAUCACAGGCCAAAAAAGAGUCCCGUUAAGGAAGAAAUUUUUGUCGAUAACCAAAGUGACGACGAUGAAGAUGUCACACAAGAGGAAGUCGAAGUAGCUGAGGUAGUCACUGUUGGAGAAGGUAAAGAUAAAGAAACCAAAAUCAUCAAGAAGAAAGUACCUUUGAAAAAACUAAUGAAGAAAAAGCUCAACCAGGCAAAGAAGGAAUUGGGAAAAGAUUUUGUGGAUUAUUCCCGAAGACAAAAGGAAAUUAAUGAAAAAAUCAAAGAGUCAAAGCUUCAAUUGAAGAAGAAAAGGGAAUUAGAAAGGGCUGCAGAGAAAGAAAAGUUACGGAAGGAGCAAAAAGAAAAGGCUGGCGCUGAAGGUAAGGCCACAGAAAAGACUUCUGAUGACAAGAAGGGCGAUGAAAAAGAAAAAGAAGGGGAAGAAAAGAAAACAGAUGGUGAGGGUGAAGGUGAAGAAAAGAAGGAUGAAAAGAAAGAUGAAAAGGCAGCCGAAGAAACUAGUGUUCCUUGGUUGGCAUAUCUUGCUUCAUGGUUGUAUUAUCCCGAGGAGGAGGAAGGAAAAAAAGAUGAAGAAAAGAAGGAAGAAGAGAAGAAAGAGGACGACAAAGAUAAAGAGAAAGACAAAAAGGAUGAAGCAGCCAAACCAGUCAAGAAGGUGGUAUAUCCGCCUACACCAUUUGAGAAAACCACUAAAAGACUAAAAGUAUUUUCAAAGAAUUCCAAAGUAGUGUUUGACAAUUGGAAUCAACCAGCUACUAAAAUGUUCUAUCGGGAGUUACUUAAUGAACCUAUACUGCUGAAUGCGCUGGCCGUAUCAAAACCGAAACCUGUACCACUGAACGCCCUGGUAUUAUCAAAAAAGAAAUCAGAACCACUGAUCCAUCCUUCCAAUAAAUCGGUUAUUAAAGUAAUAGAAGAGAAUGGUGACCCUAAAGAGUUUAUUAUUGAAUGCAGUGAUAGUGAAGCUGAAUCCCAGUUAACCCAAGAAAUGUAUUACAAUCCUGUGACCAAGCAAUUGGAAACAAGUCCUCCAACUUCAUCGUCAUCAAUGAUAACUGGAGACGAAGAAAGUAUUGUAACCAACAAACCUGAGGUGAUUACUACUCGAGGUUUGCAAUUUGAUCCAAAUGCACCUGUUGUGGUAAUAUCAACUUGGAUGGACUUGAUUAAACGGGUGCAAAUUAUGAAAAUGCUUUUUGCCCCCAUUGACAUUAUUGGAGAAUUCAUACCUGGUCUACAAGGUUUAGUUGUGAUUAUUGAAUUGCUUUUAUUCAUUUGGAUAUUGUACGAGAUGAGUAGAUUAGUGAAUGCGAUAUGUAUGAUGAUUACGGCUGUAUGUGCACCAAUGAUAGCAGUUGGUAAGUUUAUGAAUAGAAUUGUUUGA